GGUUGUGGGUUUUUUUCGGUACUCAGGGGCACACGUCAUCACAGCUCUGCGCUGAAUACAGUGCAAGGGCCCCGCCUCCUAUCCUGCUUCACCUUUCACCCCCACCGCUCUCUCCUCCGCAUCUGGGGCCUGCCACGAAUCCAUCUGAGCCCAUUCCGUGCCCUGGCAAGCCACACACAGCCUGGCACCGCGCCCGGUAACCCGCAUACAGAGGUCCAGCCCGCACAGAGCUCGCCAUGAAUUUCCUACGAGGAGUUAUGGGAGGACAGCAGCCCUCAGGUCCCCAGCCAUCAGGGUCCGAGACAAUCCAGAAACUCUGCGACAGAGUUGCUUCAUCAACUUUACUUGAUGAUCGAAGAGAUGCGGUCCGAGCUCUGAAAUCUCUAUCAAAGAAAUAUCGCCUUGAGGUGGGAACACAAGCGUUGGACAUUCUUUUGAAUGUCUUGCAGACUGACCGUUCUGAUUCAGAAAUUAUCGGAUUUGCCCUGGAUACUUUGUAUAAUAUUAUCUCGAACGAUGCGGAGGAGACUGUUGGUCGUUUCCAUCCAUGGAGAAUCCUUCCAAGGGAAACAGAAGAAAAUCAGCAAGUGAGUGAUGACCUGGCGGUUCAUUUUUGUGAACUGUUCAUUAAGCAACAAGAAAAUAUUACUCUCCUGCUGUCUACCCUAGAGGAAUUUGAUUUUCAUGUGCGCUGGCCUGGGGUGAAGCUAUUAACCACCCUUCUUAAACAGCAGGCACCACAAGUUCAACAAAUUGUUUUAGUUAGUCCAAUGGGUGUCUCAAGAUUGAUGGAUUUGCUAGAUGAUUCUAGAGAAGUGAUUCGUAACGAUGGGCUUUUAUUGCUACAGCAAUUGACAAAAAGUAAUGCUGCUAUUCAGAAAAUUGUCGCCUUUGAAAAUGCCUUUGAAAGACUUCUUGACAUAAUAUCAGAAGAAGGAAAUAGUGAUGGAGGUAUUGUAGUUGAGGAUUGUCUGUUGUUACUUCAAAACCUUUUGAAAUAUAACAACUCCAAUCAGAACUUUUUCAAAGAAGGCUCAUAUAUACAACGCAUGAAACCAUGGUUUGAAGUUGGAGAUGACAACUCGGGAUGGUCUGCCCAAAAAGUGACAAAUCUUCAUUUGAUGUUGCAGCUUGUCAGAGUGCUGGUAUCUCCCAUAAAUCCUCCGGGUGCCACCAGUAGCUGUCAGAAAUCAAUGUUCCAGUGUGGCCUGUUACAGCAGCUCUGCAUAAUCUUGAUGGCAACUGGGGUUCCUGCUGACAUUUUGACAGAGACCAUAAACACAGUUUCUGAAGUUAUCCGAGGCAGCCAAGUUAAUCAAGAUUAUUUUGCUUCUGUAAAUGCUCCAUCAAAUCCUCCAAGGCCUGCAAUUGUAGUGCUUUUGAUGUCCAUGGUGAAUGAAAGGCAGCCGUUUGUCUUAAGAUGUGCUGUUCUGUACUGCUUCCAGUGCUUCCUGUACAAGAAUCAGAAAGGACAAGGAGAGAUUGUGUCAACACUGCUUCCCUCAACUAUUGAUGCUACUUCGUUGUCAGCUGGACAGUUGCUAUGUGGAGGACUCUUUUCUACAGACUCUCUUUCCAACUGGUGCGCAGCAGUGGCUCUCGCUCACGCUUUGCUAGAAAACUCUACUCAGAAAGAACAGUUGCUCAGAGUGCAACUGGCCACAAGUAUUGGUAACCCACCAGUUUCCUUACUGCAGCAGUGCACCAACAUUCUUUCACAGGGGGAUAAGAUCAACCGACGGGGGAGCAAAGUACAGACAAGAGUUGGACUAUUAAUGUUGCUUUGUACCUGGUUGACCAACUGUCCCAUCGCUGUGACUCAUUUUCUUCACAAUGCAGACAACGUGCCCUUUCUUACAGGACAGAUUUCUGAAAAUUUGGGAGAAGAAGAACAGCUUGUUCAAGGUCUCUGCGCAUUGCUACUGGGCAUCUGCAUUUACUACAAUGAUAAUUCACUUGAAAACACAACCAGAGAAAAAUUGAAGCAACUAAUAGAGAAGAGGAUUGGAAAAGAAAAUUUUACAGAAAAACUUGGCUUCAUAACCAAGCACGAAUAUUACUCGAAGGCGGCCCAGAAACCCCAGCCAAUUUUUUCCAGUCCUGACCACAUGAUGUUCGAUCAUGAGUUUACCAAGCUGAUUAAGGAGCUAGAGGUUGCUAUUACAAAAGCCAUCUACAAAUCCAGCGAGGAAGACAAAAAAGAAGAAGAAGUAAAGAAAUCUCUUGAGCAACAUGACAACAUUAUAUCUCAUUACAAAAAUGUCAUCCGGGAACAGGAUAUUCAGUUGGAAGAGCUGAAGCAAUCUGUUGCUGCUUUGCAAAUUAAAACCGAGCAAAACCAGACAACAAUAUCACAGCAGCAAGCCCAGAUUCAGCAACACAAGGACCAGUACAAUCUUCUCAAAGUACAACUAGGUAAAGAUAGCCAGCAUCAUAACGCACAUAACAGCAAUGCACAAAUGAAUGGAUUCCAGGCCGAGGAGGUCAUUCGCUUAAAAGAUGAAAUUGAAGAAUUGCGAAAACAACAUGAAUCGCUACGAGGAGAGCUGUCUGAGAAAGAUGCUCUAAUAGAGAACUUGAAACAGACUCAAGUUGAUUCACAAACAGCGCAGCAAGCUGAUGUAUCUGAACAAGCAGCAGGGCAUAAAAAGGAGCUGGAAGCAUUACGUUCCCAAUUGCACGUACAGUCAACAGAGAUCAACAGACUACAAGCAGAAAGAACAGAACUCCUACAAAACAUAGAAAGCAAGACCUCAUUUACUGGAUCGGGUGACCAUAUAGUGUCUACUUCCACAAAUCCCGAACUUGAAGAGAAAGUAGCUACAUUGUUGCAGGAAAUUACAGUUUUAAAGGGAGAACUUAAAACAGCAUCUGAAGAAAAUUACUCUUUGAAGCAGCAGCUCGAUGCAGCUAAGAGUACAUCAGCCAUUCUGCAAGAUGAAAAAGUGAAACUGCAGCAAGACGUGGCAGAGUCCAAGAAAGAGCAGGACGACCUCUUAGUUCUUCUAGCUGAUCAAGAUCAGAAAAUUCUUGAACUAAAGAAAAAACUCAAGGAACUUGGACAUCCAGUGGAAGAUGACGAUGACGAUUUGGAGUCUGGAGAUGCUGGCGAUGAAGACUAUGAGGAUGAAGAGGAGGAUGACGACGACGAUGAUGAAGCUGGCAGAGAAGGAGAUGUUUAAGAAUGUUGAAAGUGAUCUGGUUAUCAUACUUAAAGACAGAAAACCUGUGGUGAUUUCCUUAAUGCAGCAUUUAUGGCAGUUUUGUAUUGUAGGAGAUGAUGGGCUGCUCACCAAAGGGACUGUUAUUUAGGUUUAGAAACUGUUGCCAUAUUUAGGUAAAAGAAAUAUUAAAAAAACUGAUCACGUUUCUGACCAGGAUUAGAGGCUUGAUAGAGGUAUAUUCUUUGGAAUAUUUUUCCAAGUGUUAUGUAGUGUUACUCAUGUACCACUGCAUCUGUCCUGCAUUGAUCUGCCUUUGCUAUUACUAAACAUUGCUAUGCAAUGUCAAUGAUGUUUUUUCCAACAAUAAAUAGUUUUGUUCUUUUACAACACUAUCCAUCAGAUGGCUGUAUGUUUCGUUAAUCUAAUUGAAUGGGCAUUGUUUCAAUGAUUAUUCAGUCUUACCUUAGCCAAAAUAUUUUCCCUUUCCAAAGGUAUACAUUGCAAAGCUUGCUGAACGAGGACAGUAUAUAGAUCUAUUAAAAAAUAUUUUUAUUUUAGCUUGUUUAAAAAUGGCUGGUAGACAUGAAAAUGUUUGUUUAGUGCCUUCAGGCCUGAGACAGCUGUGCUCCACAUCAGUUAUGAUCACAUAAUAUUGCUGCAAAAACAUGGAAAACCCAUGUCUAUGUAGUCUUGCUAGAUUUUCUUUUACUUGCAUCAUAAAUUUUUUUAAGAAACAGAGUAAACAUAAAAACGCUGUUAACAUACAAUUUUCUCAAAAGGUUUAACAUUUACCAUUUGGCAUUCGUUGUUUACUGUAAUGUUGAAGACAAGUGAUGACAAAACAAAUUAUAUAAUUUAUUGGCUUAAAUCAGGCCAUAUAUAAUUGCGUUCAGAAUGACAUUUUAAGAGUUAAAAAAUAUGAAUUACAUUAAUUUCAUGUUUUACAAAUAAAGUAAUGCAUUUACUUAAAACUA